GCAUGUCAGUGUUUUGGUGUGAAGGAAGGAAGAGAGAGAACAGAGAUGUCUGGGUACAGGGCCCAAAUCAGCAAAAGCAAAGAUCCUUCGGGGUUACUUAUCUCGGUGAUCAGGACCCUUUCAACUAGUGAUGAUGUGGAAGACAGAGAGACAGAGCGAGGUCGCUUGGAGGAAGCCUAUGAAAAAUGUGAUCGAGACCUGGAUGAGAAGAUUGAGCAGCACUUUACAGAGCUCACCACUGCCAUACGUACUUACCAGAGCAUAACUGAACGUAUCACUAACUCCCGUAACAAGAUCAAACAGGUGAAAGAAAACCUUUUGUCAUGUAAGAUGCUUCUUCAUUGCAAGCGUGAUGAACUAAGAAAACUGUGGAUUGAGGGCAUUGAGCACAAGCAUGUCCUGAACCUUUUGGAUGAAAUUGAAAACAUUAAACAAGUGCCUCAAAAACUGGAACAAUGUAUGGCCAGCAAACACUACCUGAGUGCCACUGACAUGCUGGUGUCUGCAGUGGACUCCUUAGAAGGACCUCUUCUACAGGUGGAGGGAUUGAGUGACUUGCGUUUGGAGCUACACAGUAAGAAAAUGAACAUGCACUUGGUUUUGAUCGAUGAGCUACAUCGUCACCUGUAUAUUAAAUCCACCAGUCGUGUGCGGCAGUGGAACAAAGACAAUAUGAGAACCAGCUCUACUGCAAAAGAUUCCCCAGUUCCACUUCUUGAUGUCACAAACUUGUCAACACCACGCAGAUUCCUAGAUAACUCUCAGUUUGGGACUCCAGGCUGCUCUUCUGUGAAGGAGCUGAGCCUUCAAGAGAUAAAAGAAGAUCCUGAUUCUGACCCCGAGGAGAACAGCAUUGUGUUUAUGGGAAUUCUCAUCAAAGGUCUGGCGAAGCUGAAAAAGAUACCAGAGACCGUGAAAGCUAUAAAAGAACGCCUGGAGCAUGACCUAAAACAGAUCGUAAAACGCUCUACUACUCAAGUGGCAGAUAAUGGCUAUCAAAGAGGGGAAAAUGUGACUCAAGACAAUCAGCCAAGGCUUCUCUUGGAACUUCUAGAGCUGCUUUUUGACAAGUUUAAUGCUGUGGCCACUGCACACUCAGUAGUUUUGGGACAUCUGCAGCAGACCGUGGCUUCACCUACAAGUCAACAAGAUGGAGACAUUAAACUGUAUGACAUGGCUGACGUCUGGGUAAAGAUGCAGACAGUUAUUCAGAUCCUGCUCACUGAAUAUCUUGACAUGAAGAACACCAAGACGUCAUCAGAACCAUCAGCCCAACUCAGCUACGCCAGCACUGGCAGAGAGUUUGCAGCUUUUUUUGCUAAAAAGAAACCUCAGAGGCCUAAGAAUACUCUUUUCAAGUUUGAGUUUUCUUCUCACGCAAUUAGUAUGAGUGCCUACUUACGGGAGCAGAGACGUGAGCUCUACAGCAAAAGUGGGGAGCUUCAAGGUGGCCAUGAUGACAAUUUAAUUGGUGGAGGAACUAGAUUUGUCUGCAAGCCAGGAGCCAGAAACAUCACAAUUAUAUUCCACCCUUUGCUGAGAUUUAUUCAAGAGAUUGAACAUGCUAUUGGCUUUGGACAAGCUAAACAAUGUCCCUUGAGAGAGUUCCUUACUAUUUACAUCAAGAACAUCUUCCUCAACCAGGUGUUAGCUGAGAUCAACAAAGAUAUUGAGGGAGUCACCAAGGUGUCAGAUCCCUUGAAGAUUCUGGCAAGUGCCGAUACCAUGAAAGUCCUUGGAGUCCAAAGGCCACUUUUACAGAGCACCGUCAUUGUGGAGAAGAGCAUUCAAGAUCUAAUGAACCUUAUGCGCGACCUAAGUGCUUACUCAGAUCAGUUCAUGAACAUGGUGUGUGUGAAACUACAGGAGUAUAAGGACACCUGCAUGGUAGCAUUCAGGAGCAUUGUUCAAACGGAUGAGAAGCUGGCAAUAAGUGCUUCUUGGGCAAAGGAUGAUGACAUCACUAGACUACUGAAAUCCCUUCCCAACUGGCUGAACAUGACACAGCCUAAACAAUUAAGACCCAAAAGGGAGGAUGAAGAAGAUUUUAUAAGAGCUGCAUUUGGUAAAGAGUCAGAAGUCCUGAUAGGAAACCUUGGAGAUAAACUGAUUCCACAGAAUGAGAUUAUGAGUGAUGUCAGUGACUUGAAAGCCCUUGCCAAUCUGCAUGAGAGCCUGGAAUGGCUGGCAGGAAGACUUAAAGCUGCUAUCGCCAACCUGCUAAGUGCACAAUCAAUGUCUCCUGGAUCAGACAGUCUUGCCAGUGUGGACACCCCUGUUGUUUCUGAAAUGAUAUUGCAGACUCUGAAUGAGCUUGCUAAAUCCUUCCUGGAUAUGUCUGACCGUUGCCUCCUGGUUUUGCACUUGGAAGUCAGAGUUCACUGCUUCCACUAUCUCAUUCCUUUGGCCAAGCAAGGGAACUACGCUAUUGUAGCCAAUGCGGAGAGCAUGGACUAUGACCCACUUGUUGUACGGCUUAAUAAAGAUAUAAGUGGCAUAGAGGAGGCUAUGGGAUCCAGUCUACAGCAGCACAAGUUCAUGUACAUCUUUGAAGGUUUGGGACAUCUGAUUUCUUGCAUCCUCAUUAAUGGAGCCCAGUACUUCAAACGCAUCAGUGAAUCUGGGAUCAAGAAAAUGUGCAGAAAUAUUUUUGUCCUCCAGCAGAACCUCACUAAUAUCACUAUGUCCCGCGAAGCUGAUUUGGAUUUUGCAAGGCAAUAUUAUGAAAUGAUGUACAACACUGCUGAUGAGCUGCUGAACCUAGUGGUGGACCAAGGAGUGAAAUACUCUGAGCUAGAGUACAUUAAUGCUCUCAGCCUCCUUCAUCGCAGUCAGACUGGUGUGGGUGACCAAACAACACAAAACAUGAGGCUACAGCGACUUAAGGAGAUCAUCUGUGAGCAGGCAGCCAUUAAGCAAGCCACUAAAGACAAGAAGAUAACCACUGUUUGAGAUCAUGGAUAUUAUGUGCCAGUAACAAAACAUAUUUUGCUUGCUCUGUUGCCUGCCAUGUUUUUCUCAUAAUAAUUUUCAUGGGACAUAUUAUGCUAUUUAGUUAACUAAGAAUUACUAGUAUUAAGAGUUAAUCACAUGUUGUUAUAGUGCCUAUUGAAUGAUGUGCUUUGCAGUAAUUCCUAUAAAUAUGCAUGUUCUGUAUUUUAACAUUAUAUUUAGCAUUUGAUUAAAUCAUGAUUACAAAGACACUUUCAUUAAUAAAAUGUAACAAUAAAGU